AUGCUCUCCCUGACGCUCACCGCCGCCUACGCACUGCUGCUCUCGCCCCUGCCGCCGCGAGCGCACACUGCGGGCGGCCCGCGCUGCGUCUCGGAGCCGCCGGAUACGAUCGAGGAGCGCACUAUCACGCCUAGCCCACCCGCACCGCCGCCGCUCCGCACUCCAGCGCCUCUGGCGGCAGACGCGCCGCCGCUUGCGCCGCCGCCGCAGACGCCGCCGCCGAGCUCCUUUCCGGUCGCACCGCAGCUCACUCUCUCAAAGUACGAGACGAUGCAGGGGCGGCGCGUGCGCGCAGUCCUCGCCUACGCCCCCGCCUUUGCACCGCUGGCUGCAGAGGUGACUGCGGCGCUCGGGAACGCGCUGCCAGACGUCAAGGUGCAGCGGGUGGCGGCGGCGCCAGAGGACCCGCGCGUGCCCUCCAUCUCUCUGCGAGUCGACGGCGUGCUCUGCACCUCCUCGACCGAGCCGGGCCGACUCUACCUGCCGCUCAGCCGGAUCGGCGUCGUGGUCGAGCGGGCGCGCCGCAAGCGCCGCCCGAAAGGGGACGCGUACACGUCGGCUGCGGGGCCGACGCGCGACCGGCGAGACAGCAAGCGGUUGGCGGAGGAGCUCGUCGGGCUGGAACUCUCCGAGACCUGGCACCCGGAGGAGCACCAGGAGCACCCGGUGGAGCAGCCCUCGCAGGAGGAGAGGCCGGUCUUCAGUGCGGCGCACUUUGCGGCGGACCUGCUCGCCGUCCUGGACGCAGAGGGCGUGGAGGAGACGGCGCUGGUGUGCCACUCGUUUGGAGGCACUGUGGGCGUGCACACCGCCUUUACUGCCCCCGAGCGCGUCACGGCGCUCGUCAUGGUUAGCACGACCUUUGGCCUCCUCUUCUCGGAGAGUGCUGAGGACCGGCUGCAAAAGGACUUUCUCGAAGCUUGGAACUUUGGCGGGAUGAAGCAGGAUUUCGACUACAGCAAGCUGCUCGCGCAAGUGCAGGGGCGGCUUUCGGACGACGCGCUGCGCGCGCGGCCCUUUGUCGACAUGGAUGGGCGCUUGCAGGCAGGCUGCUACCUGUGGAUGAAGAAGGCGCCAGAGGUGUGGAACCUGAGGACGCUGCUGCACCAGGCCAACGUGCAGGUCAAGGAGAUGGGAUGCAUGGCGCCGCCUCCCCGCUCCGCGGAGGAUCCCAUGCUCAAGAUUUACUACGAUGAGUCCAAGACAGACGCCGAGCUCCGCGAAAAGUUCUUGGGCCCAAUUACAUUCAUCUGUCCGGCGGAUGACGCGGCGGUGCCAUGGGAGUUUUGCGCGCUGAUGGCGGAGCGGCUCGGUGGAAGCAUCGAUGUGAUGGAGAGCAGCCUGGGCGACCACUCGGUAAUGAUGUUCUCCCCCGCCGAGUUCAACGCGAGCGUGCGCAACGCGCUUGAGAGGGCGUGA